AUGACCAUUGAAAUCCCCCUCCCAGAACCCUUCGCCUCCAUCCCCCGCUACACCCUCACCCUCGGCCCCUCCCCCAUCCACCCGCUCCCCAACACCUCCGCCGAUCUGCACACUACCAUCUACGCCAAACGCGAAGACCUCAACUCCGCCCUCGCCUACGGCGGCAACAAAACCCGCAAACUCGAGUACCUCGUCGCCGACGCCCUCGCCCAAAACGCCACGACCCUCGUCUCCAUCGGCGGCGUCCAAUCCAACCAUACCCGCCAGGUCGCCGCCGCCGCCGCACACGCCGGCCUCACCGCCCGCCUUGUGCAGGAGCACUGGGUUGAUUGGGAGGACGCGCAUUAUGACAGGGUAGGCAAUAUCCAGCUAUCGCGGCUGAUGGGGGCGGAUGUGCGAUUGCACCCUGCGGGCUUUGGGAUCGGGCAUAAAGAGAGUCUGAAGCAGUUGAUGGGUGAAUGUGAGGCGCGCGGUGAGCGUGCUUACUAUAUACCCGCGGGGGCGUCGGACCAUCCGCUCGGCGGGCUGGGGUUUGCGCGGUGGGCGUUUGAGGUGGCGAUGCAGGAGCGGGAGAUGGGGGUGUUCUUCGAUGUGGUGGUUGUGUGUGCGGUGACGGGGAGUACGUUUGCGGGGAUGAUUGCUGGGUUUAAGUUGCUGGAGCGGAUGGAGCAAAGCAGCAAGAAGAGGCGGGUUAUUGGGAUUGAUGCGUCGGCGAGGCCGGCGGAGACGAGGGCGCAGGUGCUAAGGAUUGCGAGGAGUACAGCUGCUAAGAUCGGGCUGAAGGAGGAGGAUAUCUCCGAGGAGGAUGUGGUUCUGGAUGAGAAUUACCAUGAGGGGGUUUAUGGGGUGCCUGGUGAGGGGACUAUCAAGGCCAUGGAGUAUGCUGCCAGCAAGGAUGCGUUCAUCACGGACCCUGUGUAUGAAGGGAAGAGCUUCGCGGGGUUGAUUGAUUUGGCGAAGAAGGGCGAGUUCGCGGGGAAGACUGUGCUUUAUGCGCAUCUUGGGGGGCAGCCGGCCUUGAAUGCGUAUAGCGAGAUUGGGAGAGCGAAGUAG